AUGAGCGACGAACCGGACAGAGUUCCCCUGGACCAACUGACGAUCGUGCGCUGCGAUGCCGAACAGAUCAAGCAGACGCUGAGGAACCAUUGGCCCAAGUGGGGCCAGCCUCGCGGGUUCCCCAUCGACACGUACCUCGCCCGCGGAGAGAGGCUGCGCGCCGACCAGUCUUUCUCCAAGGACGACGCGCACGUCACAUGGGGUCUUGUUGACCGCAAGAACCCUUCUGUUCUCCUCUCUCACUGCGAGACGUUCCGCCGCCCCGCGCUCAUUCUCCCGCCUGGAGAGAAGAAGCCGCAGGACGCGACUACGUACACGAUGGGUGCCGUGUUCUGCCCUGAGAUCAACCGUGGAAAGGGGUACGGAAGGCACAUGCUGCGUUUGAUGCACUACGUCGUCGGGGACCCGAAGGGCCUCCCCCCGUUCCCGAAGGCGUGGGGCGAGCCGCCCGCUGAGCGCCUCGGCGACGCUCGGUUCAGUGUCCUCUAUUCCGAGAUCGGGAACAAGUUCUACUCUUCCUGCCGUGUUGGCGAUGGGCCCGACAGCACCGAGGGCUGGGUCGAGCAGCGCCAGGACACGCGCACUUGGUACCUGCAGCCCGGCGGGCCGAUCGAGAACAAUGGGCUCUGGGAAUGGCUCGGCCGCAAGGACAGUAUCAAGCUCGAGCACGAGCUCAGCGAGCGCUUUAGGCAGGACCUGCCGAACCAGGGCGAUCCGAAGAAGACUCGCGUCGCCGUUCUGCCCACCAGCGUAAUCGACUACCACAUCUUCCGCUUCAUGGAGAUGUUCCCGGACCAUCCGUCGCCCAAGUUCGGGUGCAUCCUGCCUCCGGACGAGAAUGGGCGCAGGCCGUUCUUUAUCUACUCGGCGGUCGGCAAGCACCCGGACGCACCCCAUACGCUGGAGAUCAUGCACGCUCAGCAGCCCGUGCCGUGGGCUGCGGUUAGGGCUGCUGCCGUGCACCAUGGCGUGGAGAAGGUGAAGCUGUGGGGCGGCUACACCGGAUGGGAUAAGGAGGAAGGUGGAGUGAAGGUUGAGCAGAAUGAGGACUGCCCCAGUCUCGCGAACUAUGGGCUUGGAGAAGUCGAUUGGCAGUUCAAUGAUCAGUGA